AUGAGCUCCUCUCGGUGGAAACGGCUGCCCGCCCGAGCCGCACUAACAAUCGGCUCAAUAGUGUCGGGUCUUGUUCCUCUUACCGUCAUCAAGGGUGCUGGCCAUGAGUUCAUCCCCCUGCCCCAGGGAGAAAAUGCCAUUACCGCGGACUUUCAUUUUAUUCGGACCCAGACCGAGUCUCCGGCCCAUAUCACCUCGGGAUUCUACAAGAUUGAGAGCGGACCGGAGCGACCCGCCCACUACAAUUUCGAAGAGACCAAAUACGUGCUGAACGGCCAAAUCGAUGUUCUGGACGAAGCGACCGGAUUUACACAUCAUCUGGUCCCCGGAGACUUUGCCUUCUUUCACGUCGGUAGCAAGGUGAAGUUCUCGACCAAGUCCCACGGUUUGGCGUUCUAUGCUGUCACCCGCCCCAUUCGAAACCCGCACCCCAACCUCCAGGGACGCGAAGAGAAGAAGUCAAGACUAUGA